ACUGAGAUUUUGAGCCGCCAUCAAGAAGUAUCUCCACGGUGUGAUUGUGCGUUUACGUGUAAUCGUCAGUUCCGCGUGGUACGCAUCAAAACCGGCUCGAUUCGUGGUUGAUUUUAUUGUUUCAGAGAACUAAAAGAGCUUUAUUCUGUUGUACCGCGUGUUAUAAGAGUGUGUAUGUGAGUGUGCGUGUGUCUGAUAAAAAGAAAGCGCCGAGGCGGUGAAGAACCACCGGGUAUGCAUGCCGGCAGUGGCGACGAAACGGGGCGCCCUGACACGAUGGAUGGUGGUGCUGUUCGUGGGCUGUGGCUCUUUUAGUGACUUUUCUCGCGAGUGUAUCUUAUUGUGUUUUGGAAGAAACGAAUAUGCGAAACGAUAGAAAAGAGCAAAGGAAAAAGUGGUACGUACAACGAUAGGCUGUCUUUGUGCCGGAACUGAGCAGACACCUCUCCCUUUCGGAUCGACGGACCUGUUUUCCACUUCAUGACGGCGAAAGAAGAAUCAGUGGUGGUGUCACGACGACGUUAGAACCACUUCGCUGGCCGCGUAUAUAAACCCGUGGAAGACUCAACUACAUACGGAGGAAUCGAACAGGCGCGCACGAUGAUUCUGCGCGUCUGAGAAUACCGAAGAGAGAGGGAGCAAGAUAGAUAGAUGGAUAGAUAGAUAGGUAGAUAGAUAGAUAGAGAUAGAUAAAACGAUAGAACAGAUAAAACGUGUGAAAAGAAAUACACGACGAAUUAAGAAUUUGCGUAUAUAUUUGUGUUUAUCGCGUUCGGUAGUGGAUAAAGAAACGAGUGAUAACUGGCAAUCUACGACAAAAAGUGAAAAAGAAAUAUCUAAAAGAAUCUAAUUGAAAGGAACACGAAUGAUGUUAUUGUUUUAUGUUAUGCGUUUUUUCGAUUCCUGAUGAUCAGUGCUUGCUUUCAGUGUAACCGAUUAACAGACUCUCGCGAGUGUCUAUCGAUUAAAUCGUCGAUAGAAAAUCAGAGAAGGAAGUGACAAAAUUUUUUUGAAAAAAAAGAAGAGAAUUAGAAAAAAAGAACGAGUGAAACGUAAAAAAAGAAAGCUAUAUAACAAAGAAGAGAAAAUCCAAAGAAAAUAAAGAAAAAAAACAGAAGAGAAUAGAAAAUUGGUGACGAUUGUGAGUGGUCAGUCCGUGGUGUGUGACGAGAAAGUGUGUGCUCUAAACGGAGCACGUUACAAAGGAAUAGAAUAUCGAGGACGGGGGGUCCAGAGCGACAUUGGGGGGGCGUGUGAGACUGAUUUUGCCCCCCCUACCCCCUGUCUAUCGUCUAAAACUGUGACUUCAUCGUCGUUAAGUCAAUUUUUCGUCGACGUUACAACGUUGCCGUUUAGGUGUGGGCGAGGCUCGUCGAGGAUUCUCGGGCGCAGCGAGGGAGAUCUCGAAGUAGUCGGAGGUAGAGAAGAGUAGAAAUAGGAUAGAUAAAAGAUGGUAGUCUUCCCGGGGAGGAGGAGUAGCGGCGAGGGAUCGGCGAGGAGGAUGGGAUGGACGGUGUCGCAUCAACAGCAGCUUCGCCUUCUCCUCUCGUUCCUGGUGCUGCUGUCGCCCCGACUCCCCGUCCGCUCGACGCCCGCGGACAUAGUGCAAAGGUUCCACGACCCGGAGGUGAAGAGGAUGAACCACUUGGUGGUGGACAAGAACACGGGGCGGGUUUACGUGGGGGCGGUGAACAGGCUCUAUCAGCUCUCGCCCGACCUGAGCGUGGUCGUGAAGGAGGUGACCGGGCCGAAGGGGGACUCGAACGCCUGCUCGAUGAUCGACUGUCCCAGGGAGACCCCGACGCGGCUCGUCGACAACGUGAACAAAGCGUUGGUGAUCGACUACACGACCACCAGGCUGAUCUCGUGCGGCAGCCUCUCCCAGGGCACGUGCAGGGUGCGAAAUCUUCACAACAUCUCGGACGUGGUGCAGGAGGUGAAGGAGGCCGUGGUUGCGAACAACGCGACGGCGUCCACGGUCGCGUUCAUAGCCCCCGGCCCGCCCAACCCCCCCGUCUCCCAGGUGAUGUACGUGGGCGUCACGUUCACCGGCAACUCGCCCUACCGAUCCGAGGUGCCCGCGGUCAGCUCGAGGUCGCUCGACAAGGACAGGAUGCUCAACAUCGCCGAGGCCGCCGUCACGACCGGGACCAGGAUGUACGUGAACUCGUUGUCGCGCGAGAGAUACCCUAUCAACUACGUGUACGGGUUCAGCAGCGGCGGUUUCAGCUAUUUCAUGACCACGCAGAUGAAGAACACAGAUACGGCUGUGUUCAUAUCCAAGUUGGUGCGGGUCUGCCACGACGACGAGCAUUACUAUUCGUACACCGAGAUACCGAUCAACUGCACCAACGACGGCACGUAUUACAACCUGGUGCAGGCGGCUUACGUGGGCAAGGCCGGCUCGGUUCUCGCGGGGGAUUUGGGGAUCACCGCCCAGGACGACGUGCUGUUCGCCGUUUUUUCAGAGAGCAACAGCACCAGCAGCGACGUACCCAAGAAUCAUUCGGCGUUGUGCGUGUACUCGUUGAAGGCCAUCCGAAGAAAGUUCAUGACCAAUAUACAGAAGUGCUUCAGCGGCGAGGGGCACAGGGGACUCGAGUACAUCUCCCCGAGCCACAAGUGCAUCUUAACGAAACUGCAAACGAUCGGCGAGGAUUUCUGCGGUCUGGACGUGAACACGCCUCUUGGGGGCGAGGACCCGAUGGAGGGGACCCCCGUGCUCACUUUCGAUACGCAUUUGACGGCUGUUGCCGCCACCUCGACCGGGGACUACACGGUCGUCUUCGUGGGCACGAACGAGGGUCAUCUGAAGAAGGUUGUGGUGGAGAGCUCGUCCCUGGCCCUGGAAUACGGAGAUCUGGAGAUCGAUCCAGGUUCCCCCGUGAACCCGGAUUUGCUGUUCGACUCGCAGCUGAUGCACCUGUACGUGAUGACGCAGAAAACCGUGUCCAAGGUGAAAGUGCAGGAAUGCUCGGUCUACAAGACCUGUCUGGACUGUCUGGGUGCCAAGGAUCCGUAUUGCGGGUGGUGCUCGUUGGAGAACAAAUGCAAUCUGCGCAGCGAUUGCCAGGACGCCGCCAAAGAUCCCCUGUAUUGGAUCUCGUACAAGAGCGGCAGAUGCACGACCAUCACGACCGUCACACCUGAUCAAUUGCAGCGCACGACCGCCAGAACCCUAGAGUUAGUCAUCGAGAACCUGCCAACCCUCUCCGGCCAAUUUCUUUGCGCGUUCUCGACCCUGGACAAGACCCUGAUCACGAACGCCUCGAGAAAAUCUUUCGGAGUGAACUGCACCACGCCGAGGACGGAUCUGUUGCCCUCGAUCCCCCAGGGGCAGCAUCACUUCACCGCGAAACUUUCGGUCAGAAUGACGAACGGGCCCGACCUCGUCGACACGAAUUUCACCUUCUUCGAUUGCAACACGUACAGCUCGUGCACAAAGUGCGUGUCAUCGAGUUUCCCCUGCGACUGGUGCGUGGACGGGCACAGGUGCACGCAUGACACAGCUGAGAAUUGCCGGAACGAUAUAUUGGUCACGGGAAUUAGCAGAACUGGCCCAAGCUACAGAAGCGGGCCGGCGUUCUGCCCGACGUUGAACGCGACCGAUUCCCAGGAAAUCUUGGUUUCUUCCGGCGUGAAGAAGGUGAUAAGGGUUAAAGUGCACAUCAUAGGGCAAUUCAUCGUGCAGACCCGUUUCGUGUGCCAGUUCAACAUAGAGGGCCGCGUGACGAUCGUGAACGCUCGACUGCUCGCGGACACGAUUUACUGCGAGGAGACGGAGUUUUCGUACACGUCCCGCGCCCCCAACAUCACCGUGCCGUUCGCCGUGAUAUGGGGCGGCUCGAAACCGUUGGACAAUCCGCACAACAUACAUCUGGUGAUAUACCGGUGCCGGGACAUGGCCGACAAUUGCGGAAUGUGCCUGACCCUGGCUCCCAAGUACGACUGCGGAUGGUGCCAGAGCACGGACAGAUGCGAGGUGAAGGACAACUGCGAGCGUAACAUCGGCAUGUGGUUGAACAGCAAUCAGACCUGUCCGAACCCCGAGAUACACUCGUUCGAGCCGGUCAUGGGUCCUUGGGAAGGUAACACGAACGUGACGAUACGCGGCAUCAACUUGGGCCAGACGUUCAAGGAUAUUUAUCGUGGCGUGAUGGUCGGCGGAUUACGAUGCCAGCCGUACGAGGAACUGUACAUGCGCACGAAACAAAUAGUGUGCCGGGUGGACGGUCCAGGUACACCGGAGGGCAAACGCGGGCCGGUGAUCGUGAAGAUCGAAGACUUCAGAGGAACAUCAGAGUACAACUUCGAGUUCGUGGACCCUCAGAUCCUCUCGAUAUCGCCGAAAUACGGGCCGAUGAGCGGUGGAACGACGGUUAGGAUCACGGGAAAGUACAUGAACGCUGGAAGCACGAUCAAGGCGUUCAUCGACGAGCUGUCGUGCUCCAUAAUAAGCGCGGAGAUGAACGAGGCGCUAUGCAUGACCAGCGCGAGUGACCACAAGAGGAACGGUACGGUGAAGAUGACGUUCGAUGGCGCGUUUCGAAUCUACAGCGGGACGUUCGAAUACGCGGACGAUCCGACGAUCGAGAGCGUGGAGAGCGGAGUCGCCGGGCAAAUGAAGAUUCCGAAAGGGAUCCCGGCAGGUGGAAUAAAGAUCUCCGUGACCGGGAAGAAUCUGGGCUACAUACAGAGCCCCCAGAUGUACGUGUACUACGACGAGAAGAUGUUCGUCUCGCAGUGCGAGGUGCACAGUCAAGAGAGCAUGAUCUGUAAGUCACCUACUAUCGAAGUUCCGGACAAUGUUGUCCUGGACGCUGAGAAACCAGCCAUGUUGGAGUACGGUUUCCGUAUGGACAACGUGACGGGCGUACAGAAUCUGUCGCAGCACGGAUUCAAUCACUUUCUGCUCUAUCCGAAUCCGAUCUACGAGGUGUUCGACGAGGAGAUCAAGUAUUACAAGAGCGACUACUUGACCAUCAAUGGCCAACAUUUAGACCGCGCCUGUCAAGAAUCGGACGUGACGGUGCAAAUAGGAAAUGCGUUCUGCAACGUGACCUCGCUGUCCAGGCAGCAGCUCACUUGCAGGCCACCUUUGACGCAACCGCCGGCCAUCGAUUCCGACGGUUUUCCGAACAAGCAAGAACUGCCCGAAGUGAUAGUGAUAGUAGGCGGCACACUUCGUUACAAUAUAGGGAAACUGAGCUACGCACUGCCAGCAGGUCUGAACGGGCCGCUAUCGAAACCGGCCCUGUUCGGGGUGAUCGCCGCUAUAGUAAUCCUAGUAGUCGUGUUCAUCGCCUUUCUUAUCGCGUAUCGACGCAAGUCCACGGAGAGCAAUCGGGUGUUGAAGAACAUGCAGGAGCAGAUGGACAUUCUGGAACUUCGUGUCGCUGCCGAGUGCAAGGAGGCGUUCGCCGAAUUGCAAACGGAGAUGACGGAUUUGACGGGUGACCUGACCAGCGGAGGGAUACCUUUCUUGGAUUAUCGAACCUACGCCAUGAUGAUACUGUUCCCAAGCGACGACAAUAGCCCCGUGUUGCAGUGGGACAGGCCGGAAUUGGCGCGCAAAGAGAAAGGACUGCGUCUGUUUGGACAGUUGAUAAUGAAUAAGACAUUUUUACUCCUUUUUGUAAGAACUCUCGAGAGCAAUCGUUACUUCUCCAUGAGGGAUAGAGUGAACGUAGCUAGUCUUAUUAUGGUCACGCUUCAGAGUAAGAUGGAAUAUUGUACGGACAUCUUAAAGACUCUUUUGGCGGAAUUGAUAGAGAAAUGUACAGAGGGAAAGAGCCAUCCGAAACUCUUCCUUAGACGAACGGAAAGCGUCGCUGAAAAGAUGUUGUCAGCUUGGUUCACUUUCCUUCUGUACAAAUUCAUGCGAGAAUGCGCCGGUGAACCAUUGUACGUGCUAUUUCGUGCAGUGAAACAACAAGUCGAUAAGGGUCCAGUCGAUGCCAUUACAUCCGAAGCGCGAUAUUCAUUGUCGGAAGAGAAACUGAUCAGGCAGUCCAUCGAUUUCAAACCAAUGACGGUCUAUGUAUCCAUAUCCCAACAAACGGUCUUCGUCGGUGGUAUGGAUCCAAACACGGAGAACGUUCCAGUCAAGGUUCUCGAUUGUGACACGAUAUCUCAAGUGAAGGAGAAGGCAUUGGACACGAUCUACAGAGCCACGCCUUACAGCCAAAGACCGAGGAAAGAUGAUCUUGAUCUUGAAUGGCGAACUGGGGCAUCCGGCAGAUUGAUCCUCUACGACGAAGACUCGACUACAAAAACGGAAGGUGAAUGGAAGAAGCGAAACACGUUGAACCAUUACAGGGUACCAGAUGGAGCGUCGCUCAACCUAGUCUCCAAACAAUCGUCUAUCUACAAUCUAUCGAUCCUCUCCGAGAAAACGGACAAAUCGCACAAAUACGAAACCCUGAACCUUAGUAAAUUCAGUUCAGCCAGCCCGCCGCUCUCCCGUGCCACAUCGCCAUUGAAUCAGAAUCACGACGGCGGUUUGAAAUGCUGGCAUCUCGUCAAACACCACGACUCCGAUGCACGAAAGGAAGGAGACCGUGGAAACAAAAUGGUGUCGGAAAUCUAUUUGACGAGGCUACUAGCGACGAAGGGUACUCUUCAAAAAUUCGUGGACGACCUUUUCGAAACAAUCUUUAGCACUGCCCAUCGGGGAUCGGCCCUUCCCCUCGCGAUCAAAUACAUGUUCGAUUUUAUGGACGAUCAAGCGCUACAACACGGCAUAUCCGAUCCUGAAGUAGUUCAUACAUGGAAGAGUAAUUCGCUUCCGCUCAGGUUUUGGGUGAAUCUUAUCAAAAACCCAAACUUUAUCUUCGAUAUACAUAAGUCGAACAUCGUGGACUCGUGUCUGUCCGUCGUCGCGCAAACGUUUAUGGACAGUUGUUCCACCUCGGAUCAUAGAUUAGGUAAGGACUCGCCAAGUUCUAAAUUACUAUAUGCAAAGGACAUUCCAGUGUACAAAGAGUGGGUAGAACGUUAUUAUGCAGAUAUCAAAGUGAUGCCAGCCAUAUCCGAUCAAGACAUGAAUGCCAUGCUUGCCGAAGAGUCUAGGUUACACACGACGGAAUUCAACACGAAUUGUGCCCUUUACGAAUUAUACACGUACGCGGGUAAAUACAACGAACAAUUGAUAGUUACUCUGGAAGAGGAUGAGUUCUCGCAGAAACAGAGAUUGGCAUACAAACUCGAACAAGUACACAAUAUAAUGGCGGCGGAUAACCCCUGAUGUACCAUGAACUCUAUGAAGCAUAUGACAAAGCCCGCCCGCCAAGAGCUACCGUGCUGAAUACUCAAUACGCAGUUAGGUACUCUUAAUCAAGCACCAAGAGGACUGGCCUAUGUUGUAAUCGAUCGUCUCAGGUUUCCGUGCAAGCCAGUUAUCUCAGCUUAGUACGCGAAUUAUUAUUAAAAAGAAGAAAUUGCACAAUGGACCGCUGAAAUGCUCGACAGGAGGAGAAGUUUGAAAUGUUUACAAGGAUUGAAGUGUUUGUGACAAAGUCUUCUGAAUUUGGUCGCUGGAUACCAGGUGUGGCGAUAAUCACACUGCGCAUUGUCAUACAAUUGUACAUAAAAUACCAAAAUCACGAUUAAUUGUAAUAGAAUUAUCGACGUGCACCCACACCUUCUGGCGGCCACAAUCAUACAAAAUGAAAACUGAUAAAUUUUCGCGCGCUAUGAUAUCGUCGUGGCGUCGAUUAAUACGCCACGUCCGGCGGAUAGGAUUUUAAAACGAACGAAAAUAAUAGAACAUUAGUGUUAUAAGUGAGUGAACGAAUCAGCCGAUCAAUCCGAUAAUUUGUAAAUGUGUUUAAAACGGCCAAUAUUUGCCGCCGCUAUCGGGGAUCGGCGAUUUUUAACGAAGAAACAUUUCCAUCCACCGCUACUAGCUGAAAUUUUUUUGAAUUACGAACUGACGAAUUUUAAUAAAUAAGAUAAUUAACGAUUAACGAUGAUUAAUUAAACAUAUGGGUAUAUUAUAUAUACAUGGAUGGUAUGUCGUAUGUAUAUGUGUACAUAUAUACACUUUAUACUGGCGCAAAAAAGUAUGUGUGUAUGUAUAUGCAGUAUCCGAAAAAAGAGCGCGCGUACAGUAUUGGCGCUAAUUCCGAGAUAUCUCUCUCGCGACGAUUGAUUGUUGUAUAAGAAAGGAAGAAAUAAGCAAGAGGGGAAAAAAAAGAAGAAAAUAUAGAAACAGAGGUGUAACAAUACGAUUCUUGUCCAAAUUUGUAAACAUAAAUUUCAAUCGUCGAUCGUCGAUCGAUUUAGCUCGCCAUACUGUACGUGCGCUAUGCAUUACGCGUAUUAUUUAUACUUACAUGCAUCCAAAACGAAAAAAAAGGAAGGAGUCGUCCGCGAAAUCGGAGACAGACUGUGUAUUAGUUGAUAGGUAUUAAUCUAUGGACUAUGGCCGCGCGCGAGGCCAGCUCGAUGUGACGGUUGUGUUGAGUGUGCGUGCUUCCCCUCCUUGGUCUCCAGCUCAUUGUUCCAUUUUAUCAUUAAUCGUUCGUUCUCAUCGUCGUGCAUCCAUCACCUGAUGUUCACUUGAUCAUUGUCGCGCAAUUCAUAUUCAUCGAAAAAAGAUUCCCCAUUGUCCUCGUGUCAUCAUUACCUCUCUUUGUAUUACAUGUAGUAAAGAUGUCCACUAUCGACGCCUCUUCUACUCUUUCUCAUCAUUCCUAAGAAAUCACAUUGUGCCACUCUCUCUUCUCCCUUGUAAUGCUUCAACGCCUCCGUCGUCAUGUUGUUGUCACUCUUAAUUAUUGUAAUAUAUAAUGAAUAACGAUCACUGUUGAGUAUUGUCUGAUUGUAAUACAUUGAUAUUGAAUUGAUAUGAAUUGAUAAUCAUUAAUUAAAGCGUAACAUUAAACUUUGUGGAUGUAGCUAUAUUGGUAUGGAUGAAAGUUUAAAACGGUUGAUGCAAGUGAGAAUGAUGAGAAAGCCGUUCGCGAUAAGCAGCACUCAAAAAUAAAUUUUGUUCUAGGAAUAUUUUACCUACGCGCCAUUUUCAAUGGAAUCUCGAAUCGUAUAUUCGUUUUUAAUCUAUAUAUAUAUAUAUCAUAGAAAGAGGGAUCAACAAUGAUAUCAUCAUUUUCCAAAAUAUUUCACUAAGAAUCGUUAAAACUUUCACUACGUUUCUUCCAAGUUAAUCGUACGUUUAACGUAUUUUACAAACGUUAAAUAAAAUAUUACAAACGCACAUCGAAACCGAAUGAAGUCACGUGAAGAUUUUUCAAAUCCGCGUAGGUUAAUUUCGAUUUUACGAAAUAUCGAUAUUACGAAAUAUCGAUAUUACGAUCGAAAAAAGAAUUCAUAUCGUCGAAGGUGUUCGAAUUGGAGCAACCUUCAGAGUUCUGUCGAUGCGGACGGCUGGUAGCGAAUGAAUAUUGUUCAUGUAUGCGUGAGUGUGUCCCGUGCGUCAAUUCAAUGUGCAGUUGUCAGUGGAGAAAGUAUUUAUUGCUCAAAAAACAUCGGAAGACCGUGUGUGGAAAGGUAAGGCAGCAGGGAAAGAUGCGGAGUUGGUAGGCUACGGGAAAGGAACGGGGGAGGGGGAAUGGAUGGGUACGUAAAUAAAAGUGGUGAACGUACGUGUAAUGUGAAGAUGAAGACAAAAAAAUGGAUCACAGACAGGGUACUCCGCCAAGUCGAGAAAUAUUAAAAAAAAAAAAAAAAAAAAAA